UCCCACCUCCUGCCGAGCCUGUCUCCCCUUUAAACACCACCGAUUCGCGCACCGUCCCUCUCGCCCGCCCGCCCGCCCACGCACCGCACCACGGCGCCAGGACGAACACGGGAGCGCCACCGGAUCGACGAAUAAACGCCCCCCGGUCGCUGGAUCCGGCCCUCCGGGGACCGAUCCCUCGGCGCCGGCGAUGGACUCCUCCUCCUCCUCCGCCCUCCGAGCCGCCACCGGCGGUGGCCUGCUGGGCCGGGGCGGGAGCGGAGGGGGCAAGGGCGGCGGCGGCGGCAGCGGCAGCGUCACCGGGAGCGGGAGCGGGAUCGGCGGGGACAGCACGUCGACCAUCGGCGGGGGCGGCGCGUCGGCGGAUGCGUGGACCCGGCUCGUCAGCUCCGGCGUGGAGGACGACCUGGUGUGCGCCGUGGGAGCCGGAGCUGGGUUCGGAGCCGGAGGGCUGCCGUACGGCUACUUCCUGGACGCCUGCUUCCUCUGCCGGAAGCCGAUCGCCAGCAACCGCGACAUCUUCAUGUACAGAGGGGACAUCGCGUUCUGCAGCGAGGAGUGCAGGACGGAGCAGAUAGACGCGGACGAGGAGAUGGAGAGGAAGGAGAAGAGCGCGUCGGCCAAGAAGCUGUCGCAGAGGCCGCCGUCCCUGGGCGAGGUGGAGUCCCCGCCGCGGCCGCCCAAGACCAGGGCCGGGUCAAUCCUCGCCGGCUGACAGGAGCUGAGCUGCUCGUUUUCCCCCAGGCCAAGACCCCCCAUCGCCACCACCACCGCCAACACCAAAAGAAAGAAACUAUCGACCGCUUAAUUACUUACAGCCAGCCAGGCAGCCAGUGACAUAUAUGGGUUUGUGUUUUUUGUUUGAACCCCUUGCGCUUUCGGUGGUGUUGCGACCAUGGUUUUUGUGCCUGCAGCAGCAGCCUGUAUCGGUGACGACGAUCAUGAUGUAUAGGUUAGAGACUGAAGGUAAGGAAAAUGGUGCCUGCCGGCUACUGGGAGUGAGUUCCUGCUGCUUCCUAGUAUGCUGUGUGCUGUCAGGGGUUUCCUCUCCUGGGCUUCGUUCUUAAUUAUUUUCUAUUUUGUAGUAGUUGUUGGUGAAUGGUGAUGGUGGUGGUGGUAGGUUUAAGGUUUUUUCUAAUGGUGAAGCAGAUGGAACAUAUGGGUAAAGAAGAAAUUAACAUAUGGAUGGAUGACCGAA